AUGAUGAUGAUGCAUCUCUUAUUGUUGUUCGUUCUUAUCGUUGAAUGUUCGAGCUGGGGUAAUAUAAAUGUGUCCGUUGACCAAAAAGGAGGAUAUCAAAUAAGCAUUGGUGAUCGCGUCUGGCUUCGUUCAGCUCGUACUGCCAUCCAUGUAGAUAAUAAAUGGUAUUCAUCCGAUGAUGAUUCCUUACCAUUGAUUAAUAUAACAUCUGGCAGUGGCUUCGAUCCACAACUAGGUGAUUAUCGAGAUUUUCAAUUGAAUUACGAUCUUGCUCGUGGUGGAAUACAUACGAUAAUCGUUGGUCAUAUUCGUGAUUGGUAUUCUAUUUCAGGAAUUUCAUUUCAUUUGGAUACCGGUGAUCAGAUUUUGACAAAUACUGUACCUCUUGGUAUGAAUGAUAUUCGUACGGUUUUUCCAUCGUUUCAUAUCGAGCAGAUUGAUGAUGGAGAUCAACGAGGAUAUUUCACAUUUGAAGGCGAAAUGGCAGGUGAUGACAAGAAACAUGCUGGUCGAUGGAUUUCAUCGAGUCAAAUUGUUGAGUCAGGAAUUGAAUCAGGUCCAAUUGUUAUUUUUAACCUAACUCAACAAGGCGAAGGUGAUCUGUUGAUUCUCUCGCCAUUUUCGCAAUUUAUGAGUAGUUCAUUUGUUCAAACGAAUACCAGCACAUUGGAAUAUGGUGUUCUGGGUUCGAUACUAUCGAUUCCUUCCAAUUACAAUCAUUCAAUGAUGGUUUUUUACUCACCGAAUGGCAUUAAUUUAGGUAUCAGAGAAUGGGGUCAAAUGAUGCAAAAAGAAUAUAAUCGAACACAGAAAUAUCGUUCCGCUGAUCUAACAAUCAAUUAUCUUGGAUAUUACACCGAUAAUGGUGGCUAUUAUUAUUAUAAUACAGAAAAAGGAGUAAAUUAUGAAGAAACUAUGGUAGAUAUUCGUCAACGACUUGCACUCCCAAUUCAUUAUUUACAACUUGAUUCUUGGUGGUAUUUUAAAGGUGCUGGCGACGGCGUUUCGAAAUGGAUAGCACGCCCGGAUAUAUUUCCUGAUGGCCUUGUUAAUCUACAUCGUCGNUUGAAUAUUCGUCUGUCGACAAGCUUUGCAUCGAACAAGCAGACGAUCGAGUAUAUCAAAAACCAGACGAUUUGUUGCACGUAA